UCUAACCUUCAAUUGUAAAAUUUUAUCACACGUGAAUAGUGAAUACAGAGUGCCGGUUGCAAUUAUUAAUUUGUUUAAUAACUUGCAACAUGAGUUGGAUUUUAUAAACCGAAUCAAUCAAGUGAAAUUCUUACUACAAGAUGGCUACGUCGUUAGCUGAACAGCUUAAGAGUUAUGCUAAACCCCAAACCUCAAAUUUAAAAAGAAGCAAUGCUCGCCCUUCACUUCUUUUUGACCACAAGGAAGCUGCUGGCUUUAGGAAAGAAGUCUUCUAUGAAAUUGGAUUGCGUGGUCUUGAGGAAUUGAUCACAAAAGAUGAAAUAUUUGAGCAAUUCACUGGAACAUUGUUUUCCUUGGAAUCAAGAGAGUUUGAGAGAAGUAUUGAAUCAACAUCUGCCAAUGUGAAGCUAAACAAACAUAUCAAUAAGUUUUUGCUUCUGCUCUCUCCGUAUUUAUCAUUUCAGUGCUCUAUUAAAGCACUAGAAUGGUUAAUAUAUCGUUAUUCAAUCCAUCAAUAUAAUAAAGAGGAUUUGUUAAUGCUCGUCCUGCCAUAUCACAAUCACAAGAUUUUUCAGAAAACAGUGAGUUUAAUGAAAUUUGAUGAAGUGAAUGAUCCCUGGGUAUUUCUAAAAAGUUCACAGAAAGCUGGUACACCCGUAACAAAACUACAAUUAAUAAAUCAUGCUUCAAGUGAUCCUUACUUCAUACAAUUUAUUUCAAACUUUAUAUUGAAAGUUAUCAAGGUUCGUGAAAAUCCAAAUAUCUUUAUAGAUGUUUUCAGCUUCUAUGGUGAUAUAUUCAUGGGAGCCAUUGAAUUUUCUAAAGAAACCCCAUCAGAAUCCAUCAUUAUACAAAUGUUUCCAGCCAUUCUGAAGGGUUUGAGUUCACAAGUAUUAAACUUCCGAGCAGCAACUUAUGCCAUAGUUGCUUCAAUGAUGAAACAUUGUACCCUCUCAGAAGCUGUGCUUGAUAAAUUUGUUCAGAAAACAACUAGCAAUGAUGGUACCCAUUUGAGCAAAGAAACUGUUUUUCUUAUAGUGAUUAUUUAUCAAGGACAAAGUCAUUAUAAAAGUAUACCAGAAGAUGCGCUCGCAGAGAUAAUUGCACAUGUAUGGUUUCCGAAGACGCUACAAGAACUGAAUAGUUGGGGUACUUAUAUUUAUCCUUUUUUGGAAGUCCUGAUCAGAGAAGUAAUGGAAAAUGUCAUAAAAAGUGAAACAGAUCAUUAUAAAACAUUUUUAAUGGAUUUACUAGAUCAAAUUAAUAUAAAUGAAGAAAACAUUUCAAGUACUUUGAUUACAAUCGUAGAUUCAAUUCCGUUGAAAAUAAAAGAGUCAGGAGUGAAAAUCUGGAUAUCGGAAUUGAUUGGAAAGAUUGAGAAACAAUAUCCAACCCAUUUUGACCAAGAAGUGUAUAAGAUUUUGACGUCGACUGAAAAUGAAGUUAGGAAGAAUCGUCUUCAAAAAAUUUUCAAAGGAGGAAAACUACAGAAAAAAUUUGAUAUUUUCAAUAAGUUAUACGAUUCAAAUGCAUUGAUAAGAAUUGAGGCCAUCAAAUACAUAUCGAAGAAUUUUGAUGAUUUGAAGAAUGAAGAAAAGGAAAACUUGAGGAUCUCUUUGGAGCACAGGCUUUCAGAUGAUAAUCUCGAUGUGUUAAAAGAAGCACUAGGAAUUAUUCAAAAUACGAAAAUUAUACAAGGUGUUGGAUUGAACAAAAUUCUAUUCGAUCUGCUAUUUAGAUGCCAUAAGGAUAAGCUUUGUCGGGGUAAGAUAUUAGUUAAAUGUUUAAAACUUUUAUGUGUCUCUGAGAACGCUAAUAAUUUGAAUGUUAUUUCAAUGAUAAUUCCUUUCCUUCUGCCAAAAACCAGUGAGGAAAUAACGAUAGCUAGGAGAGUAAUUUCAUCUGAUUUAUUUUUGAAUUGUCCUCUAUUUAAAACAUUCAAUUCAAAGACGUCCUUAGAUACAGCUGGCGAUUUCCCGAAUGAACUCUUUAGAUGCUUGAAAGCACCUGGAAAUGAUAAAACUAUUAUCGACUUCUUCCGUAAUACUGACAGUGAAACUGUAUUUAAGUUUUCCUCAAUUCAGAAAUAUAGCGUUUCCAUUCUGAUAAGCAAUAUUGUUCACGAAAAUUUUACCUUGGAUGAUGUAUUACCGCUUAUAGAAAUUUUAGAGAAAUUAUCUCCAACCAAUGAUCAUACAUCAACAAAAGUCGAAUGUUCUGUAUUAGGAAAUCUUAAAAUAGCCAAAAAAGGGCAUUUUCCAAUAUUUGGUUAUUUAGAAUGCAUUUUAAAUGUUAUUACAAAUAUUGGUAAAUUGGAUAUCAUAAAUUUGGAUUUCUCAUCAUCGAGUCCUGUCAGUAAAUUUCUACUUUCUACUUCGUCCAUUUUUUAUCAUGAGGGUGAAGUGUAUCAAGAUUUUAUUGCUAAAUUUCACAAUUCUCUAUUCCAUAGUUUUGAUGCUAAAGUUGACAUCUUAUUGCAUUUGGUAGUUUAUAAGGAGAAUAAUUUUAUUUUGAAUAUACUCCAAAAGAAAUUGAAGUGUCAUACAAUAUCAGGAUUUUUCGAUCUUUCAAACAGAUAUGUGGUGUAUUUACUGAUUUUGUUGACAUCUGUCGAUGAAGAAAUACGGAAAAAAGUUUUUGAAAUCGGAAAAAUCAUAAUGGAAUAUCCUAGUGAAAAAAAAUCGUACCUUACUCUAUUUAAAUAUUUAAUGGAACAUCAAGAAGAAAUAGUUUUAGAUCCAAACCAGCUGCCUAUUAUGGUUUCAAACACAUUGAAUUCUAAAGAAAAUAUGGUUAUCAAUAAAGAUAUAACCAAUGCUUUGGUUAACUUCUGUUAUAACCUUGAAAACCCAUUAUACUUAGUGGCAGGUAUGACCAAGGUAUUAUCAGGAGUCAAUAAUAUCGGUGUUUUGGAGAAAUUAUCAAGUAUGGCAAAUUUAAUUUUGGAAAAAAGAUCCAUUUUAUACAGCGAGCCUGAAUCUAACAUUAUCUUAAAUUGCAUCCAUAGAUUCGAGUCAAGUAUCGCAAAGAAAAUCAAGAAAGAUAGUGAACCAUCCAAAUUUUUACUAUCCGCUCUCAAUAAUGAUAAAGAUUGUUUAAGCAUUAGUGGUGAUUCGAUUUCGCCUUCUCUGUUGGCCAUGAAGUUUCUGAGUGAAUCAUUCUUCUCGUCAUUGUCUAAGGAAAUAGAAUCAAGUGUUCUAGAUUCAAUCAUUGAAGUUUCAACAAUUCCUCAAAAUCCAAACGUAUUAUUGGCAUCCAACAAAAUUUUCAAACAUAUCAAUUUGAAUGUCAAUCUCGUUAUUCCUCAACUCGUCCGUAUGGUAAAUGUUCAGUCGCUAAAUGUCAGUUCAAGCAAAAAAAGAAAACGUACUUCUCUUGUUAACGUGCCUACGAUUGAUAUUUUGGAAACUUUAGAGUGGAAAAAAGGCAUAAGAGUACUUGAAUUACUUCAAGAUAAGAAAAAAAUAUUCAAUGUAGAAUCUUUGUUACCGGAAUUGUUCAGUAUUCUCAGAAAAUGUUUACAAUUUGAUGAACAAGCCGCUGUAGAAUAUCCGAAACAACUUGUUCUCUCACUCAUUUUGAAUUGUUUCCAGAAGUUGGAAAGCGUUCGAUUACCUGAAAAUAGUUUUGAUAUGGAAUUGAUUGUACAAUGUUUUAAUGCUUCUCCAAAUCCUCAAACUCAUCAUCAUGCUCUAUUAGUUUUAACUUAUUAUGCUUCAGAAUUUCCCGCGCCAGUUUUAAGUAAUAUCAUGGCAAUAUUUACCUUUAUGGGAAAUUCUUCCGUUUUGAGACAUGAUGAUAAUUACAGUUUCCAAUUAAUUUUCAGCAUUAUAGACUCGGUUAUACCUAAAUUAGUUAAAGAUGGAAGCAUCCCAACUAUCAUAUCAGUUUUGAGAGUAUUUGUUGAUGCUCUUCUAGACGUGCCCGAACAUAGACGCUUAAAACUUUAUAAAAGACUCCUUCAGAAAAUCGAUGCAGAUCAACACAUGUAUUAUUUCUUGAUUCUGAUAUGUUUGUCUGCAAAUAGUUCGAAGAAAAAUAACUCUGACGAUAAUCCUACUGUCAAACUGCUGAAUGUAGCUGUUGAAGUGGUGAUGGAAUUCCAUCCUUCUGUCGGUUUGAACUCUUGCAAAACAUUGAUUCAGAAUUUGAAAAGGUUGCCAAUAAAUAAAGAUGAUAUGCGAAAUGUUAAAUUUGAUAUUAAUAUUACCCAUUUAUCUGAAAAACAGUUCAGGCAUUUCAAAUAUACAAUAUUGUCCUUAAUACACAGCCUUAUAUCUACUAAAGAGUUCAUAGCCAAAAUUGCUGUACUUCCCGAUGAAGACCUUGAGAUCCUUGAACCUCAUUAUGGUGAUAUCAUCGUUGAAAUCUUGUCAUAUAUACAGAAGACGCAUAUUAUCGUUGAUAAAAAUACGAAUACCUCUCUCGCCCAUUACUGGAAAACUAUAUUACUUCGAAGUUUCGAAAUUUUGGAUUAUACCAUUGCGCUUUUAACCCCGGAAAUGUUCUUGUUGGUCAUGAAAGGUUUGAUGUGCCAUAAUCUGAGCACGAUCAAAAAGAGAUCCUUGGAUAUUUUAAAUUCUAAAUUGCAAGAUAAUUCAUUCAUCCAAGAAUGCGACCAUAAAGCUCUACACUCUACUACAAACUCAUUAAUCGAUAUGAUUAAAACGAUAAACACUGAUAUUAAUGAAGAUGAAAUGAUAGUUAUUCAAACAGCACUGUUAUCGUUGAAAUUAAUAGUUAAAGCUGUAGCUUCGGAAGACAUGGAAAAAUAUGUUAUGGUCUUAGAAUUCGUAACAAAUACAAUUAAAUCACACAGGGCCGAAGGAUAUCUCCUAUCCUCAUUAAUAUUAUGUUUGGCUGAGUUAUGCGUUACUUUGAGAGCAAGAGCCAUUGAACAUCUUCCUAAUUUUAUGCCUGUUUUAUUGAAAAUUUUGAAACAAGAGAAGAAUCAAGAUUAUCCUACCUUAUUGUGUCUUAGUUUAUUAACAACUAUUCAGAAAAUAUUUGAAGUGUUGCCACUUUUCAUCAGUCCGUAUUUGAAGAAACUAUUAUUCGAAAUAUCUCAACUCAAUGGAAAAUGGACUGACGCAACUGACGAUCCAAAAUUAUCACCAUUCGUGCAAAAAUUGAAAAUAAUUAAACUUAAACUUGCUGAGAAUAUACCAUCUAGAAUUCUGAUCCCAGCAAUUGAAGAAGUUUACUCAGACAUAAUUCAAAAGAAUAAACUAGAAUCUAUUGGUCCUAUUAUGGGAAUCUUAUCGGAAAAUUUGAAACAUUUGUGUGAUGGAUUUGAUUUAACACCUCAAAUACCUAUGCUUAAACAAUUCUUUAUUAACGCUUUAGAAUUUAGAAAUUUGGAUUUGUGCGAUAUGGAUAAAAUUAAUGUGAUCGAGAACCAUAUUAUUGAUGCGCUAAUCACUUUUGUACUCAAAUUAUCUGAUUCAACUUUCAAACCAUUCUUCAAUUCGAUAUUCCGUUGGGCUGAAGAUGGUGAUGAUAAAAAUAAUAGAAUUAUCACAUUUUAUAAGGUGGCAUGUGGUUUAGCUGAGCAUUUAAAGAGUUUGUUCGUAUUAUUCGCUGGCAUGUUUGUGGAUAAUGCUGCUAAAAUUCUUGACGCUUGUAAUAAAAAGAAAUCUACAUCCUUGUAUUAUGAGGAUGAAACCAAGAAUACAUUACUAUUGGACAAUGUUUUACGAACCCUUAAACUUGUUUUUGAACAUACAACUAGAAAAUUCAUUACUAAAGAAAGGUUCAAUAUUCUUAUGCAACCUAUUGUGGACAAUUUAGAGAACGACUUUAAUGGUAUAGCAGAUUUAGAAUCUAGAAAUAACGAAAUCCUAACACCUUGUAUAGUUCAUUUUGCUGUGGCUGCAGCAGAUGAUUCAUUAUGGAAGCAAUUAAAUUAUCAAAUAUUGAUGAAGUUGCGAAACUCUAACUAUAAAAUAAGGAUAUUAAGUCUGAAAUGUUUAACAGAAGUUGUUAAGAAAUUAGGUGAAGAUUUCUUAUCUUUAUUACCGGAAACAAUUCCGUUCUUAUCUGAACUUCUUGAAGAUGAUCAUGAAGUUGUUCAAGAAUGUUGUAAAAAAUCUAUACAAGAACUUGAAGACGUUUUAGGAGAUAAUUUGUCUAAGUACUUUUAAAGAUAAUGUUCAAUGUUGUUAUAAAUACUUGUAAAUAUUUCAAAUGUACAAAAUGGAUUUGUAAAAUAAAUAUAAUCAUUCCAAAAUAA